AUGGAAGCAAAAUCUUUUCCUACUAAGGAGUUGAGGCAAAUUGGUGUUGUGAUUCAGUUUGAAGAAGCUGUGAAAGGGUUUGUGCGCACAUUUAAGCACAAAGCUUCUACCUCUGCUCUAACCCAAAGUAGUGCCUUGUCUCUUUUAUCUUGUUAUAGGAAACUGAUGGGGGGCUGGGAACCUCUCCGCCUCAUUGCGAAUCUCCCCUUUAUCGAUGACAGCUCUAACUGCUCCCUAAGUCUCCCUGAUCCUUCUCGCAUCACUCGUUCAAGCGCACUGUCUCUUCUUCAGUGCAUCAAGUUCUUGCUUAAUGACAGAUUUGGGAAACUCCCUGAAGAGCUUGUUAAAAAGGCUUCUGUCAAAUGGUUGAAGACACAUGCUGGUUACCGCAGUCCGAAUGAAUGUCUCUUCUUUGAAAACAGCAUGGAAUUAGAGCCGUGUGAUGGUCCUUUUAUUGAUGAAGAGUAUUAUGGCUCAGAGCUUAAAUCGUACAAGGAAGAGCUAGUUGCGAUUGGAGUUAGCCAUGAUCAAGCCAAAGCUCGUCAGUUGCUUGCUAGCCACAUUUGUUUUGCUGAUUCCGAUGCGAUAACUCGAAUAUACAGAUUUCUCAGUAAAUCUGAAUGGAAACCAGAGAAGGGUGCGUCUUUAGACCGAAUCUGGAUCCCGGAUGGUGAAAAAUGGGUCGAUGUUUCUAGCUGCGUGCUUUAUGACAAAGACAAGGUCUUCGGUUCAAAGCUAAACGUUCUGGAAAAACAUUACGACAGUGAAAAGGAUCGCGAUCUUUUUGGCUUCUUCUCAUCUGCAUUUGGCGUGAGAACUAACCCGUCGACUGAAGAUUACUGUGCUUUGUGGAAAGAUUGGGGAACAACGAAGGACAGAUUGUCAAACGAAGAGUGUUGUGCGUUCUGGAGGUUCGUCACGCAACACGGUAACAACCAUGGUCUUGACUUCCUCUCUAAAUCAGUUUCGCGUUUGCCUGUUAACGCACCAGAUAGUAGCAAGAAUGGAGGGAUCUUGUUAUCAAACAUGAGCGACGUGUUCAUAGCAGAUGACUUGCUCUUGAAAGAUCUCUUCAAAGGUUCCCCUGUUUUCGUCUGGUACCCAACUCCAAGUAUCAAGACAUUGCCACAAACGAAACUUAUGGAGAUUUACAGAAAAAUCGGCGUCAAAGAGAUCUCCAAAUGCGUGGAGAUGGCAGAAGCUGAGUUAACUGACGGAUUCAAGAUUGAGCAGCAAGAGAAUAAUCUGAUUAGUCUGGGGUUAGUGAGGCUCAUUCUCGGGUUUCUCUCUGAUCCAUCUCUCAAGAUUGAAGCUGAGGAACGUUCUAGAAUCAUUCAUGGACUUGUUAGCCUUAAGGUUCAGGAAACUUCGGAGGCAAUCUCGACGGAAUAUACUCUGAAGCUACUCUCAAAAGGAGAGAAGCUGAUCGCAAAGGCUAAGCAGAUGAUAAGGUGGGAGAGAGAGGGAGUUGUGUAUGCAGAGAAGAUGGAGAAAGCGUGUGGGAAAAGAAAGGUUUUGGAAUACGCCACGUGUUUCGGCGAUGUGAUUGCGAAAGGAGUGUUGUGGGAGAGAGAAGAUCUGAUCGGACGGCUGUCUGAGCUUGUGAAAAUGGCUUGCUUGGUGGAGUUUGAUGAAGAUGCUUUAGAGUUUCUAAUGAAGUCCAAGAACCUUCAGGUCUUUGAAGAAGAUGAGAAACUCAUCUCAGAUGCCUUUUCUCUCAAUCUCAUUUCUCGUUUGAUGCCUUCUAUCUUCAAGGAGCUCUAUGUUCAGUCUCGUACUCGUUUAUAUGCGUUUUAUUUUGUUGCUCAUAGAUUUGUGUACGGUUCAUCAAUAGCUCGUACGGUUAAGUUCUCUAUCACUGGCAGUGAUUUCUGCCAUGGUACUUGUGACGGUCUAGUAUGCAUCUACUGUGUCAACCCCGCCACUAGAUGGCAACGCACUUUUCCUCUUUCUACCGUUCAUGGCCUCUUCUCCGACAUGUAUAAGCGAAAAGAGUUUCACUACUCAAGUCCUAAGCCUCGUUUCGGCAAAGACAUGAUCACGUGCACAUUCAAGCCGGUUUGGUUAUAUAAUUCAUCCGAUUUUCGCCUAGACAACGUUACCACUUGUGAAGUUUUCGAUUUUAGCCCUAACGCUUGGAGGUACGUUGUCCCUGCCUCUCCUUACCGGAUAAAUGCUUACCAUAAACCCGUCUAUCUAGAUGGGUCGCUUUACUGGUUCACCGAGUGUGAAUAA